GCCGUUCAAGAAUCUACCGAUACAACCGAGAUGUUUUCCGUUGGCACCGAAUUUACAAUAGUAGAUUCUUUUACGGAAGGAACUACUACAACUGAGGCCUUGCCAACUGGUUGGAGUACAUCCGGGGUACUUUCCAGUGACGUAACAACCCCUCCACCAACCACAGCCGUUGAAGAAUCUACCGAUACAACCGAGAUGUUGUACGUUGGUACCGAAGUUACAACGGUUACAACUGAGGGUUUCUCGACUGGUUUCAGUACUGAUAUUACCGAUACUGAUACUACGCUCCAUGCGACGGAUGGAGGAACUGCAACUCAGAUGACUACUCCCUCACAAGUCACGGCACCCAGUACGUCAUGCGCCACGCCCUGUCACCUGUACGCCACAUGUGUCACACUGCAGUCUGGUCACACGUGUGUCUGUAGCUCUGGAUAUCAAGGGAACGGCACCAUCUGUACCCUGGCUGCUGUACAGGUAAUCCUGGAGAUGACCAUGAACAUCAGCUACACGGCAGACCUGGCUGACUCCAGCUCACAGGCGUUCAGAACUCUGGCACGCACGGUCUCCAGCAAGAUUUUUGUGUACCUGUCGAGCUCGACCAGCGGCCUUCUCAGCGUCACGGUCAGCAGUUUCCGGCCAGGCAGUGUCGUGGCCACCGUGAACGCCAACUUCCAACAGAACACCUCGGUAGACGCCGCUAGCGUGGUGAACACAUUGAAGCAGGCCGUUGCCAAUGACACUGAGAAUCCACUGGGGCUAGAUACCAGCUCCAUUGGGGUUCUGGGAAAAGUUGCGUCUGCAAUGCUGGUUACAGCGGAGAUGGGACGACUUGUACACUUGGAUCUAAAGGACAAGAACUCUGAGGCCUUUCGGUCGCUUUCCUUUAAAGUGUCCAAACAGAUUUUUGUCUACCUCACGACCACGUCUGUUGGCAGCUCUCUGUUGAGUGUGACCAUCCUCAACUUCCGACAAGGCAGCGUUGUCGCCAAUUACAACGCCAACUUCCAAAGUAACGCCACGGUGAGCGACAGCGGCGUGUCCAGCGCUCUGCAGCAGGCGAUCUCCAAGGACCCGAACAACACCUUCGGCAUUGAUGUUAGCUCAUUAUGUACCAAGUCCAACGAGGACUUAGCCUGUGGUGAAACAGCUGGCGUGGAUCAAAACCUGGUCAUCGGGCUCGGAAUCAGCCUGCCGCUUCUUGCCAUCAUCUUGUUGAUCAUCCUGGGCUCCUUGAUCAAGAGAUCUCAUGAUAUGAAGAAGGAAUACAACGUGCGAUAUAUGGCGAGGAGAUACGGACAGAGGACGGAGGGGAAGGACGUUCAGCUGGAGAGUGGCCGAGCGCCGAGGACGGUUCCCGCGGUUUCGUAUGCCAUGAAACCGGCCGCUUUUGAGCGUCCGCGGAAUUUGAACUACAAACGUAUGAUGACGUUCAACCGGUGA